CGUGUCUACUCAAACAACGUCCCGUUUCCCCCUCCCCAUCUUUCUCUGCUCUCUUCUCCCAGGUGACAUUCACAAAGCGAAAGUUUGGCUUGAUGAAGAAGGCCUACGAGCUGAGUGUGUUGUGUGACUGCGAGAUCGCUCUGAUCAUCUUCAACCACGCGAACAAGCUGUUCCAGUAUGCCAGCACUGACAUGGACAAGGUCCUGCUCAAAUACACCGAGUACAACGAGCCUCACGAGAGCCGAACCAAUGCCGACAUUAUCGAGACUUUGAGGAAGAAAGGCUUCAACGGGUGUGACAGCCCAGAGCUGGACGGGGAAGACUCGAUCGACCAGAGUCCCCUGAAUGAUGACAAGUACCGUAAGACCACAGAGGACCUGGAUGUCCUCUUCAAGCGCUACGGGCAGUCCACCGCUCCGUCCCAGACCUUCUCCAUGCCAGUCACAGUGCAGGCGUCCAAUCAGAGCACACUGCAGUUCAGUAACCCUGGCAACGCGCUGGUAACUACCUCCUAUGUAACAUCAUCAUCGCUCACGGAUAACCACCUCCUGUCGCCACAGCAACCGGCUCUCCAGAGAAACACGGUGUCUCCCGGGUUGCCACAGCGACCAGCCAGUGCAGGUGCUCUUCUUGGAGGCGAUCUGAAUAAUUCAAAUGGAGGAUGCCCAAGUCCAGUCCCUAAUGGAUACACCAGUGCCAGGGCCUCCCCAGGCCUCCUCACCGUUUCCAACGGCAACAGUCUGGGGAAAGUAGUUCCGGCCAAGUCGCCACCCCCACCUCCGAGCCCCCAGAUGGCCAACAGCCGCAAGCCAGACCUCCGAGUCAUCACCUCGCAGGGCGGGAAGAGCCUCAUGCAGAUGACAGAGGAGGAGCUGGAGUUGGUAAACGAGGUGAUUCGCGUCAGUCACUCGCAUGAGUCGAUGGCUAUCGGCUGUUUGCACAUUAUGAGCAUGGUUACCAUGUAGACUUUCUCAUUGUUUUGGUCUUGCUCCACUGACAUUUGUGUUGGGAUAGUCUUCAACUUUGUCAUUCCCACCCGACUGCAUGAGGUUCAUGGUUGUGUGGUUAGGAUCAUGAUCUUCGCAGUGAUUAUCUAGAAACAUGAGUCAUCCUUGCUCUCGUCUGUUUGAGCCCGGCCCAUUUACUUCAUGGUACGAUAUCACUUCGAAGCAUGGGUGUCUGUUCACUUGACGAAGCGCCACGGAGCAUGUUCCCCGGCACCGACGCCCAUUUUCACCUUCCAUUGAAAUUAGA